GGGCGCGAUGUGUGCGUGUUUGUUGUUUACCUCGCGUCAGGCCGCGAUAUGACUAUUAUUGGACAGCUCUGUGUAAAUGGGUGGGAUAAGUGGUGUGUGUGGCUCCCUCGCUAUUUGCUUCCGCCUCCGAACAGAAGGAACUUGUGCCAUUAGACAGAUGACAGAUACUGGGAUGGAUUUAACAUUGCACCGUGCAUGGGAAAGCUGAGUUGACAGCGAAAUCAAACACUCACACACACACACACACACACACACACACACCAAAAAAAAAAGAAACGUUGUCCUGGCGACUCGCAGGCAUGAGUGUGGAGGACAUCGUUCACACCGGCUGGCUUAUCAAAUCGCCCCCAGAAAGGAAAUUAAGGCGCUAUGCCUGGAGGAAACGCUGGUUUGUGCUGCGUAGUGGGCGACUGAGUGGAAACCCGGAUGUCCUUGAAUACUACAAAAACCAUCACUCUAAGAAACCACUGCGUAUGAUAAACCUCACCGAGUGCAAUAAUAUUGAAGCCGGGUUGAAGCUCAGGAAAAAGGAAUUCCAGAACAAUUAUGUGUUUGAAGUGAAGACCCCAGCAAGGACAUUCUUCCUGGUAGCUAAAACUGAGGACGAGAUGAAUCAAUGGGUGCGGCACAUCAGACUGAUCUGUGGGUUUGGCUCAAAUGACGAUGGAACAGAUUCCCUUGGCAGUUCGUCCCCUACCACCUCCUCGUCACUCCAACCAUCUCCUGAUGUGUCAACUCAUUCGCAACAGCCAUUGAAUCGAGAUCAAUCUCCCUCAAUUCAAGAUUCCGACACAGAAGCUGGAUCCAGGAGAAGUGAAUCAGACUCCACGCUGUCUGCCUCCAUGCCUCUAGAUUAUCUUAUUUUAUCCCAAUGCGAGACCAAAUCAAUAGAUACAGCCAGAAGCAACAGUUGUUCCCCAUGUGACAAAUCGUUUGAUCAUUCCUUCGAGUUGUUGGGCUCGGAAGAUAUUCAAGAGAAUCUACACUCCAAGAGCAGGACGCCAACAUCGUUGAGUUGCAAUGUGCCUAUGUACAAGAACUUGCAAGAUUCGCAAAUGGUCUUUCAUCCCAACCAAGAUCACAGUGGACCUUCCUCUGCCUCCUCAUCUCCAUUGUCAGUUUACUCAUUCUCACAAAUCUUUAACUUUGACAAAAACCACAAUGCUUUACCCUUUGGGGUAACAGGGAUUCAUCUGUUGUCCAACACCCCACCUCCACGGCCACCAAAACCAAACCAACUAGGUGACCAUGAGAAGAUACACAAGGUGGUUCAGAAUGGAGAUGGUGCCUACGCCGUCAACCCAGCGCCGUUACCCAAAAGAAUCCCUCUUUUAAGUGCGGAGAAAGCAAGAUGUUGGAAAGACACUGAAGAAUGUAAUCUGUUCCCUUUUACUGAUUACCAAGGGAAUUGCAUAACAUCUGCAGAGGAAGUCUUCAAUGCCAACCUGCAGAGACUACCUGCCCAUCACUGCAGUGACUUGGAUAGCGGUGAGGACAGUUACGUUCCUAUGAAUCCAGGAUCUUCUCCAAUAAUAUCUGCAGCUGACUGCACAUCAGAUGGCUACAUUCCUAUGAGCCCGGCUUGUACCAAUCUGGUCUUGCAAUCAGUCACCGUAGACAAUCCACCAUUACCUACGGAUAUAGAACCUCCUCCAGUCAACAGGAACCUCAAGCCUCGAAUCAGAAAGAUCAAGCCACCACCUUUAGAUUUGACGAACUUGUCGACGAUCAGGGCAAACUGCAACCGUCCCGGAGUCAGCCGGACGCGGAGUAUGCCGUUCAGGUGGAGUACAGCCAACUGCAGCAUAUCCGACAGCCAAACAUUAUCAGCCAGAAGCUUUUACAACACCUUCGAUGGGGAUUGCGAAGAAACUUACACUGCAAUGGAACGCUCAAGCUCUGUGUACAAUGGUAAUGGCAGCAAUCACUGGCCACGGACAUUAAACCUUGACUAUCUAGCCUUAGACUUCAAUGCAACAUCUCCAUCUCCUGUUCAGAAGAAACCAUUCCUUUCAUCCAUGCUGGAAGAGCGGGUGGAUUAUGUCCAAGUCGAUGAACAGAAGACCCAGGCUCUGCAGAACACUAAGGAGGAAUGGACUGACGUACGUCAAUCCUGUAACAUGUCAAAACCUUUAAAAUGAGGGAUUUUUACUACAACCACAAGCAUUACCAGCUACGAAAUAGACGGAAACGAGGCCAAUAUGGUUCUAGCAAUCACAGAUUGCAGGAAUAAGUUAAACAUGUUCUUCUAUUAAUGAAUGAGUGAAGGUAAAAUGACAACAGGCAGCUUGCUCAUUGUUGAUUCAGUCAGAAAUAUGAAAAUAUGAUUUGAAAAAUAUUGAUAUCUUUCAAACAGUUUUCCUGUGAAGUUUUUGGUCAGGUACUGUGUCAAAUACCACUGAGGAGUUUGCCAAAUGAUUUUUUUUAAACUGAAUAUCCAGUAAGAGAGAUCAAACCCUUAGUGCUGGACACUACCGGGAUUAAAGCAAAGAGUAAAAGAGAAGAAUACAUACAGUAAGAUCAGGAAAAGUAGAUGAAGUUGUACCUAAACUCCAGAAGCCUACUAAUUGUAAGAGGAAUGUCAGGGCUAAGCAAAGGCAGUCUGCAAUGAAUCCUAUCUUCAAAGCACUGGAAAUGUGGGAGAGCCAAAACAAAAAAUGCAACAUAAUGCUCUAGGAUGCAAGAGGGAAAGUUCAUACAAGCAUUAAUUAUAAUAGCAUUAACUGUGGUCUGGAUGAGAGAAACUUUAAGGGCAAGGAAUAACAGGAGCGGGCAUCAAGUGUUCUUGUAUCCAAAAAUGUAAACAAUCUUUUUCAUGCACGAAAGUAUUAUCCAAAUUACUUGCAGGAAGUCUCAGCCUGAACCAAGUGAGAAUGAUGAGACAAUUGAUAUUGAUAUUUUGAAGGGUGAUUUCAACCAUUUUGAUCACCGAAGGCCGUUUAGCGCAAACAAACUGAACACGUUGGGGAUCUGAAAUGAAAACAGAAAAUGACACAAGUACUCAGCAGGCUCUUCAACGUCUGCAGAGAGUAAAAUAGAGUUCAUGUCUCAUGGUAUGGAAGUUCAUGUUUACGUUAAACAUUAAUUCCACUUCUCUUUCACUAGCUGGUUCCUGACCUGCUGGGUUUAUCCAACAUCUUGUGUUUUGAGACUGGUUUCAUCUUUUGGUUGGCCACCCUUCUUUGAUUAUGGGUCGGAACUUAAGAAUAGGCUGAGCGAAACUAUUAUGAAGCAAGAUGGCAAAAAAUACUUUCGGAAAAUUGUGCUGAAGCUGCUGGGCGGUUCUGCAAUUCCCAGUGAGAUGCUUCCAAAUCUUCUUUACUUUCCAAUCAAAAUACCUUUUUUUACUGCCUCAUUCCAAGAUGACUAUGUUGCCUGGAAUUAUUAACACACUUAUUGCACUAGUUUAUCAGGUAUAGCCGUUCUCAAACCGGGCAGGUGGAUUUUUUUUUUCUGAGUCAACAAAGAACGUAAAGAAUAGAUUUAUAGUUUAACUCAGGAGCAGAGACAGCGUUGUGGGUAAAGCAGGUGUAAGAAACUUAUUCUGAAAAUGCAGAGAAAGAAUAAUGCCACUAGGAGAGGUAGAAUGACAGAUUUGGAUCAAGACCCUCUAUUUGAACAAGACCACAAACAAAACCAUCAACUUCUUACAGAAGCUGAAAUAUCUGAUGUGCUUUCCCCAUAUUUUCUGACCUUCUUAUACAAGCAUGGGCAGUCGAUUGUCAUUUGUCAUUAUUAGUGAAGAGACUAUCGGCUCUCAGAUCCCCUCACUCUCUUAUUUCAUUAAAUAUUUUCCUGGCCUUAAGCAGAAGCAAUGGCAUUCCCUUCCUUGGGAAAAUAAUAAUCUAAAGAUUAUCACAACCUGUUUUCCUUCUUUAACUAUUUACACAAAUCCUUUCUUUCAAAUUGGGUGGCAUGGUGGCGCAGCAGUAGAAUUGCUGCCUUGCCGCAUUAGACCCGGGUUCGAUCCUAACUACGGGUGCUGUCUGUACGGAGUUCGUAC